AUGUCGUCUGUCUGCUACACACGGGGAGGUGACGGCUGCUAUUCCCUAAGGCAUUCGCCGGUGCGACAUCUAAACGGAAUCCGCCGCCACCGAAAAGCAGGUGCCCUCGCCGCCACUGAAAUGGCUGCCAACGGUCGUCAACAGAGCUAUGUGGCUCCUACUGCCGGAUACAAGGGUCAGCAUAUGCUCAGCAAUCAAGGUCAUGGGUCCGCCCAAUACCUCCCCCGAGGUCUGCCUAUGUCCCCCCAUGGUGAUAAUGGAAUGCAAUGUCUGACGAACAACAUGGCAGCCCUCGGCAUGCAUGCCUCCUAUGGAUCAUCCGCUACCUCCAAGUCUGCCAACUCUGCACUGCCCGGCGGUUCUUCCGACUACGGCAAUAUCCCAAUCUCCAACGGACAGGGACUCUGGGUCCCGAACCAGCAUGUCAUUGGAUCCAUGUAUCCGAUGAUACCUGGCGCUCAGCAUCAGGCCGGUAUGACACCUUCUCCUGGCAUGUAUAGCCAUGCUGGCACGUACGUUCAGCAGGCAGCAUAUCAGUAUGGCCAAGGGGUCAUCGACAACAGCCCUGUCCCAGCGGGUUGGACGACUCGUAUGUCAUCAGCCGAGAUCCCAUCGCUCAUGACGCCCCGCCGUGACUCCAUCUCUUCCAAUGAGAACGACAACCCUGGCACGCCUCACGGUAGCGGUGGCAUGUAUCGUUACGGCAGCAACACUGCUAUCAUGGACCGUUCCCCAAACGCACUUUACUUAAGCAGUGCUACCCCUUCCCCAUCACAGUUGGCUCAUCCCUACCAGGUCAUGGCCCCGAUACAGAAGCAGCAAACCAUACCUACAUUGCCUCCGCAUCUGUUGGCGCUGGUGCACCAAGAUCCACCUAUUCCUCGGGCUAUUCCCGCUCCUAGCUCCCCACACAAGCCACUCGACCGUAGCUUGGAGAACAAGACUGGUGAGACCAACGUCUACAUCCGCGGACUACUUCCUGAGACUACGGAUGAGAUGCUUCAUAUGUUCGGCUUCAUCAAAUAUCAUAACUUCGAGGAUGCUGAGGACUGCAUUCGCGGCUUUCACUAUCUUGGAUACGAAGUCAGCUUCGCUCGCGAACUCGCCUCAAUAUUCGCACCUCACAAGGUGUGUUCGAGCAGGAUACUCCGUGACUCUUCUGGCACUGGCCGUGGCGUCGGCUUUGCUCGUUUUGAAUCUCGCGACAUCUGCGACCUGGUCAUCAAGGAUUUCAACAACACUCCUGUGUCUAAGCCUGGUGGCGAGGAACAUCUCAUCCAGAUCCGCUUCUCAGAUACACACGAGCAGAAGAUGCUGAAGCAGCAAACCGCUGCAGGCCGUGUAUUUCGUGCUGCAGAGUAUGAAGUCGGCGUUGCUCAGGCCAGGGCUCUGGGAACACCUGAUCGUUACCUUUCCGCGUCCCCGAUUUCGCCAGGCCACGCCAACGAAUUCGAGAUGUUCAUGCGCGGCCAGCGGCAGCCAUGGUCGCCCCCUGUACCAUCUACACUGGGCCCUGCCAGGUCGUCCGUAUAUUACAUGCCCCAGGGUGGACCCAUCAAGAGUGACGAUAGUACUUCGGAGAAUGGUGUUGAAGUCAAGACAAGCCCCGCGACUCCAGUCAAGGCUGAUGACAAGUCGGCUUCACCAAGCCGAUUCUCCAACCGCAACGACUGA